CCACAGCUCACGUCGUAAAAUCAACAAACAGUGUGCUUUUUAUUAUAAUUUGUGCUCGUAUGCAUUCACUUUUUGGGUUGGGAUAGCUAGUUUUUGAAAGUACACGCAACUCCCCACUAGAACCCUGAACACGGAUUCGCACGGUUGAGCGAGCAGCAUAAACCCUACAGAACAUUCUUUGUUGAAUCCGUGAGAGUCCAGCAGCAACAGUGGCGCUGACGGUGGUUGCUGCGGCGCAGCCGAUAACAACGGUGCUGACGGCCGAAGAACAGGAGCAGAUACGUGCCCCAACGGCAGGGCGCUUGCGACAGCGAAACAUGUCCAUCACCGAAUUUUUGAAAGAUUUGCCGUGCCACAAUGAGGAAAACUUUUCGCUCUUCAAUACGGAAAACGGUGUGAAAACAUCCUCGAAAAGGCCUUCCGUUUACAUCCCCACGGUGGAUAUUCCUUCAGAGCAGGUAAUAGUCACCGACAAGAAGAACAUUUUGCUCCGUUACCUACAUCAGCAAUGGGAUAAAAAGAAUCCACCCAAAAAGCGUGAGCUUGAAAAUGCCUCGAAUGAUCUGCUACGUAAAAGACCCCGCCUUGAGACACGCGACAAUAACAACACGUAGACGGUAAAGAUGGAUCGAUGGCGGAAGCACACUAAAUUAGCGUACUAAAGGAAUUUAAUAAUAAGCUGGGAGUGUCAAGCCGAGCGGAGGAUUAUGUAGGGAGAACAAGCCGUAAAGAUUGUGUGAAAUAUGUCAGAUCAAAUAUCUCACUCAACGUUGGAGUAAGGAAGGAUAUCGUUCUGAAACGAAGAUUUAUAAAAGAAACCAGCUCUCAUCAAUACAGUCUCGAUACUGGGGUGAUUUUUUGAAACCUCCGUCAACAUUUUGUUGAAAAGGAAAGGUUUAUUAAACGUAUUUUUCUAUGUCCCCGCUUGUUUUCUGGUAGGAUGUCUAAAGAAGCUCGGGUUUAAUUCUAUGCUCGUUCUGAAGGUAUUUUGUGUUCGUUUUUACGUUUCUAAGUUGCUUAAAUCGAGUCUUAAUGUGAAAAAGCAGGAUUCAGUGCGUUGUAAGUAUAAACAAACUGAAUAUAUUUGCAACAGACCCGGAAAGGCAGGCCAAGACCGACGGCGGUGCCUAAAAAGUUUCUCAAGUGUAUUAAACUCCAAUCAACAUGCUCACCAUACGCUUUUCACGCGGAUUGCCCUUUUUCGCAGCGUACGAUCGAUGUCAUACUCAAUACAAUACAAUACAACCCGAUUCCCCUUUGCGUGGAAAUUGUAAUUUCCCAAAAUCAGGACAUCUGCAUCAGGUAGCGCAGUAGAAGUUUAGCAGUAGGUUCUUUGAUGCUUACAAUUUGAUUUGCAUCACAGUGAAAGCAAAGCAGGAAGAAAUCUUCCUCUACCCGGCAAUGCUGUUUAUCUAAAUUAAAUCUUCAAACGGGGGAAAAGAAAUAGCUACUGAAAAGUAAGAGUGUAGAGUGAAAUUUAACAUUUCUAUAUUGGGCAAGUAUCACCAAAAUUUUCCUCUCAAGCUACUCAUAUAAAAAAAAGCGUUGAGCUACCCCAUACUGAAACAAAUACCACGUACA